UUUCCAACUGUGUGAACAGACACGUUCAUUACUGCAGGCUGCUGAGACAGCAGCACAUCUUAAGAGAUGUUCAUUACUGUGAUAUUUGGUGAGGGAAGAGAGGAGAUAUUGAACCUAAAUUGCAAGGUUAUAAACUUCAUCCACUUCAUAAAAGAAAAAUGCAAUCUGGAUCCCCAAGAGACUGUGGACUUGAUGGACAGGAUGGGAGAGCUGGUGAACUUGGCAGAGAGAGCACAGAGCACAGACCUCGUCAGCAGUUUGCUGAAGGAGAGAGAGAGCUAUAUUCCAUUACGUGUAUCACGAGGUGAAGGCAGUGAAGGUCCAAAGUAUACUGCAGUGUUUGACUUUGGGACAAGUUACCCUGAGCUAGCAGAGAUUCUGAGAAAACUGUCAAAUCCUUCAAAGAAGAGGGACAAAAGGAGUGGAGCAUCUAAAAGAGGAGGAGUCAGUCAAAACCGCAUCAAAGCUGCUAUCAACUUUAAGAAAGCCAUCACAACACCUCGGAGCUGA